UACUUUCUUCAUCUGUCUGCUCAGGAACACCACGCGUCUGGCAAAAUUUUGAGAAGGCUCAAGGCGUUAAAGAAAGCUCAUCUAAAUAAAGGAGGGUUAACGUGACAUUGCAGUUACUUAAUCCUGUAUUGUCCUGCCAUGUGACUGCAGGGAUACUGAGGCGCAGCAUUUCUUUUGCCUGGUGCACAGAUUAUGCUUUUCCUGUCAUCUUCCAGAAUCAGUCGCUUUGUUGAACACACCAUGGGAAAGAAACAGAGGGGCAGCGUACUUUUUACAGCAAGGCUUCCAUACGCAGUGACAUUUCCAAGGUACAGUGACAAGCUCACAGGCUGAAGAAUGAAACAAAGGCAAUCCCUACAGUCAGCUUUUGGACUUUUACCAGAAUCAAGGAGAACUACGAUCUUAAGGUCAGCUAUUCAAAAUUAGCUAGAAGUAUCUGGAUUUAUUCAGAGCAGUUAAUCAGCUUUCUGUUUGACCUUUAUCUAUCAAGUUAGUUCUCAAAGGAUCAAGCUAAAAUCUGAAUAUUCGUGUCAAAUAUUUUGCAUGUGUCAAAUGUACUGCAUAGACAGCAAGCACCUUGCCACUUUCUUGCACAAAGUUUGCAGUUUUAACUGCAAAGCCUCUUUUACCUUUUACCUAGCUGAAGAUCCGGACACACUAAUCUAUUAGUGAGGAAUGGAUGUUUUAUCUUUGAUUUUGGACAGGACAUGCAAUAUGUAGAUGUGCCAGAUGUGUUUUUGAACAAAUUUUCAAACUAGUCUUUGGACUUUCUGUAAGCUGCUAUUUUAUUUUUCUUUUGCUGCAUUUGUCACCGUGUCCAUAAUGUGCAGGAUUGCAUAUUCAUACAGAAUUACUUCAUUUAAACUUCUCAGGGCACCUUGUUAAAUGGGGAAGUGAUUACCCUAUAGACUAUGACAACAGGAUAUGUGAAUGAAGGAAGUCUUGGAAAAUACCGCUGUUCCAGGUGGCAUCACGAGGACAGCAGGGAAGAUGAUGGGCACCCAGAGUGCCAUGAAGGAGAUGAAGAGGGCAAACAGCACAGGCUGACCCCCUUUGAGAAACUAAUGCAGGAUAUGUCUCAUAAUGAAAAAGUGGUGAAGGAAUUAACGCUGGGAAAGAGAAUUGCCUUCUAUCGAGUCAGAGGAGAAAUAGGAAGUGGGAAUUUCUCACAAGUGAAGCUUGGAAUUCAUUCUCUAACCAAAGAUAAAGUUGCAAUUAAGAUUUUGGACAAGACAAAGCUAGACCGGAAGACUCAACGUUUGCUGUCUCGUGAGAUUUCCAGCAUGGAAAAGCUGCACCACCCAAAUAUCAUCAGGCUGUAUGAAGUUGUGGAGACACUCUCAAAACUGCACCUGGUGAUGGAGUAUGCAGGAGGCGGGGAGCUCUUCACUAAAAUCAGUACAGAAGGAAAGCUGCUAGAAACAGAGUGUAAAAUAAUCUUCUCCCAGAUUGUGUCUGCUGUGAAGCACAUGCAUGACAAUAAUAUCAUUCACCGGGACCUGAAAGCAGAAAACGUCUUCUACGCCAGUAACACCUGUGUUAAGGUGGGAGACUUUGGAUUCAGCACAAUAAGUAAAAGAGAUGAAACUUUAAAAACUUUCUGUGGCUCUCCUCCUUAUGCUGCUCCUGAACUCUUCCGAGAUGAAAACUAUAUUGGCAUCUAUGUAGACAUCUGGGCACUGGGAAUCCUCUUAUACUUCAUGAUGACAGGCAGCAUGCCAUUCCGGGCAGAUACAGUAGGCAAACUGAAAAAGUGCAUUCUUGAAGGGACAUACACUUUGCCUCCCUGCCUCUCAGAAAAUUGCCAGAAACUGAUAAAAGGAGUCCUUCAGCCAGUACCAACCAAGAGAUACUCUGUCAAACUGAUUAUGAACAGUGAAUGGAUGCAAGGAAUACAGUUCCCUAAACCUUUACAGACAUUUAAACUGGAUCCAAAGUAUUUAUCAGACAUCAGUACACUAAAAGAAGAAGAAAUUGAAGUGAAAAAUAUUCUGGAGGAUCUGGGAAUCACAGAACAGCACAUUCAGAACAACCGGGGAAGAGAUGCACGCAGCUCCAUAACGGGGGUCUACAGAAUCGUGUUGCACAGAGUACAGAAGAAAAGGGCACUUGAAUCUGUUCCUAUCAUGUCCCAACCAGAUCCAAAAGAAGACAACUCAAGGAAUGGAAUCACUUCUUACAGUGGCAUUAAGCACACAUCCAAGCUGUGUUCUAUUUUAUAAAAUUGCACUGCAGGCUUUAUGCUCAGCAAAUUUGACAAAGGGGAUUAUUCACUUAUCCUUAAGCUGUAGUGUUACUUUUUUUUGUAAUUUUUGAAUAAACCAAAAAUGCUUCAUUUUCUUUGCAUUUCUCAAUUAACAGUGAAGCUACUCAAAACCAGAGCUCUUGUGCAUUUGUUUGACCCUUUCUCCAUAUACUUGGUAUAGCCAGUGCAAGAACCCAGUAACUGCAAAGAUCAUGAGUGGAGGAGAUCUUUUAAUAAACACCAUGCUACUGCUCCCCGUUUGGGAGAUUGUCUGCACAGGCAUGUAACAGCUAACUUCUGAAAAGCUGUACCUAAGCUCAACACAACUUCACCAAUGCAAACUGGGACAGUUUUUGCAGAGAACUAAAUUUAAACAGAGACCAAACUAUAAUCUAAACAAUUGCAAAUUCUUCUUUUGAACUUCCUCAUCAAAUUUAACAAGUUAAUUUUUAAAAAGCAUUUUAUUUUCUUUCAAGAAACAUCAAAGCUCUUGUUGGUUGCAGUUCCCACUUGUCACAAAUCCAGAAGACAAAUCAGGAUUCAGUACUUUAACCCUGUAUGUGUGGGUGCCUGGCUGAUUGGGCUACCAUCAAUUACCCUUCUGACACCUUUCACUGCUUGCAUGAUUCUGCCACUCUGGAACUGCUUGGACUCCAGUUGCAUUCCAAUAAAGACAGAUUUAAGCAUACUCCAAAACCCAUGUAGUUUUAAGUUCUUGCCUUAGCCCUAGUUACCAGUAGCUGAAUGCAAGCAGCAGCAAAAUCUGCUUAUAUUCACUGAGCAUUGCAGGCUUGU